AUGUCGCCACUCGAAGCAACAGGUGCAACAGUCUUCACACCAACAGAUAAAACAUUAACAGAACUGUUCGAAGAUAAUUUCAAGCCGGUGGAUGGCUCAGUGGAUAUACAGCACCUAUGGAUGCCCGAAGAAGGUAUCACUAUCUACCACGACGCACACAACCAGGAAGACGAUAUGAAGAUUUCUCCCAUUACUGCCAACUGCCAACAAGAUACGCAGCUACAUCAAAACCCGCUGCAUGAAAGCCCUGCUAAACAAGGCACCAGGGAAGGACGAAAUCGCUGGAAGAGCAGCGGCCGCUACUCGGUGUUCCCGUCCGGCGAGCUGCACAUCCGCCACGUGACGCAGGCGGACGGCGCGCUGGCCUACCGCUGCGAGACCAGCCACCUGCUCACCGGGGAGCUGCGCCUCAGCGCCGCCGCCGGCAGACUGCUGGUGACGUCACCGCAGAGCUCGGUGCCGCCGCGCAUCACGGACUCCCGCAGCCACGUGCAGGCGCGCUACAGGCAGCCCGUGGAGCUGCCGUGCGCCGCCCAGGGGUUCCCGCUGCCCACCUACACGUGGUACCGCAGCGCGGAGGGCCGCAGCCAGCCGGUGUUCCAGGGGGGCGGCGGCCGCGUGCGGCAGGUGGGCGGCAGCCUCUACGUGACCGGCGCGCUGCUGCAGGACUCGGGCCGCUACGUCUGCGUCGUCAACAACUCGGUGGGCGUCGAGCGCGCCUCCACAUCGCUGCUCGUCACCACGCCGCUGUCGGCGUACGUGGUUCCGCAGCUGCAGACGGUGGACGCGGGGCGGUCCGCGCAGCUCAACUGCUCCACCGCCGGCCACCCCCAGCUGGCCGUCUCGUGGCUCAAGGACGGCCGGCCGCUGCGCGCCUCCAGCAGGGUGGUGCUGCUCUCGCCGCAGACUCUCCUUAUAGAACGCGUAGAGAUGUCAGAUCGUGGGAUGUACCAGUGCGUGGUGUCCAACAACGAGGAGGCAGCCCAGGGCACGGCCGAGGUCAGGCUGGGCGACUCGUCGCCGGCGCUGCUGUCUGCGUUCGGCGGGGCGACGCUGCAGCCGGGCGCCGCGUGGUCGGCCGAGUGCGAGGCCGCCGGCUCGCCGCUGCCCUCCGUGUCGUGGCUGCUGGACGGGCAGCCGCUGCGCUCCUCCGCCGAGCCCGGGCAGCGCAGAGUCGAGUCUAUAUUUGACUAA